CUUUUGGUGUGUGAACCCUCGCAAUGGAAUUUUCUGACCAUUGUGGGCCAAUUCUGGAUGUCACCAGAGGUUUAAAGGAGUUGUCCACUAAAAAGGUUUUCAUUUUGUGUCUUUUCAAAAUAUGCCCGCUAAAAAAUAACAGGUAUUUGUAUUUUCUUUUUUUAAUUCUAAGGCCAUGCUCACACAGUAGAAUUUCCAUGCUGCCUGCCCAAUGGGAUUUCGCUGUCCCAUUCACCCAGCAGAAAAUCCACAUUCGCAAAAUUUAAAUACCAGUUUCCACUUGAAUGUUGAGAACACAGAAUUCUGCUGCAAUGUCGGCAGAAUUCCGCAAUUCUGCUCAGCAACCUUUGUGGAACAGAAUUUGUGUGGAAUUUUGGAAAUUCUUCUGAGCAUGGCCUUAGUCACCUAAUUAUUAUUUUAUUUAUAUAUUCUUCAUAAUUUCACAACACAGACAUAUCAUCCUUUCUUUUUCCCAUCUUUCUUUAUCAUAUCCAAUAAUAGGCCACUAUUAAUUUAGUAUCCACUCUUGUAAUUUUAAGUAUGGGCAGAGUUCCCCCUUUUAGGGUCUAUUCACACGUAUAUAGUAUACUGUGCAGGAUUUGAUGCUGCAGAUUUAAAGCUGUAUUCAGUCCUCUAGUUGUAUCUAGUAGUAUCAUUUUUGUCCCAGCUGAAGUACAGACAGGGACAAAGUGCAGAAUUGAGAGUGAGACUAGGACUCCUCUGUUCUCAGUCCAGUCUGUCUGUCUUCUGUCUACAAACAGAGAGGAGAGGGUUACAGAGCAGCCUGCAGUGAUUGGAUGAAGAGACACAGCACAGCAGACUAUAGAGAGGAAGUGAAUAGAUGUAAGUGAGGGCGGGCUCUGUGCUUUUCUCAGGCACGCCCUUUCCUGAGCAGGGGAUGUCAGAAUGAAUGAGCAGCAGUACAGAGGGAUUUGUGAGCCAGAAGCUAGACACAUAAAAGACAUGUAAAGCAUCUGCAUGACUAGUGAGUAAUAUAUGUAAUAAGCAUUAUUUGUUUUCUGUGAUAUGACAGGUGUGCUUUAAAGGGGUAUUCCAGGAAAUUUUUUUAUUUGACUAUGCUACCGGGGCUGUAAAGUUAGUGUAGUUCAUAAUAUAGUGUCUGUACCUGUGUGUGACGGUUUUCUCACAAUUCUUCUGUGAUUUUCACCCCAAUAUUUAUUUUUAGCAGCAUACAAAAUGACUGUUGUCUCAGAUUUUUCCCUGUUUGCAAUGCGGCCGAGACCUGACUCACUAGUCAGCUGAUGACAGGGAGCCUGUCUGCUUUAAUGGGUGGAGGGAUCAAUAUGCAACUAAUGCAACAGCUGUAUGCACCCUGAUUGAAAACCACAGGUCUUUUGAAUGGAUGCAGUUUAUUUAUGUUUCAAUGAGUGGGGUGGCGGAUGUGUGGGAGGGAGGAAAAUGGAAUUGUGGGAUUUGUAGGCAAAAAAGAAAACUCAAACCGGAAAUACCAGUUCACAAACAGCUAGCCACAGUGUUAUGGUAAUCUCACAACAUAGCCAUUUAGCCCCAAGACAAGCGCAGAUUGUUCCUAAGCAUGUCCAUUACUGUCUGCCAGGUUUCAGACACAGAAAAAUAGCUCUUAAGUAUGGACAAGGACAGAAAACCAAUUGCUGAGAGAAUAUUGACCCUGACCCUACAGAUCAUCUACCUGCUGACCGGAGAAGAUUAUAUAGUAGUGAAGAAGAUAACUGAUGGGGAUGAAGCAUAUAGGAGGGAACAUGUUCAUAUCAUGUUGUCUCCAUCUCACUCAAUGACACAUGAGAGAAACAAUUUUCAGGAGAUCCUGGACCUAACCAACAAGAUCACUGAGCUGCUGACCGGAGAGGUUUCUGUAAGGUGUGAGGAUGUCACUGUGUAUUUCUCCAUGGAGGAGUGGGACUAUAUAGAAGGACACAAGGAUCAGUAUGAGGACAUUAUUAUAAAAAAUGAUCAGACUCUCACAUUAACAGAUGAAUCCAGUACGAAAGAAACAUCAAAGAGAUAUCCCAGUCCUCUCUAUUCCAUGGAUUAUCGUGAUGAAACUUAUAAUGUCCUGCAGGAUGAUCAGGUUACAGAUCUGCAUUGCAUAAAAAUUGAAGAAAUUGAUAAAGAAGAGACUUUUGUUGAUGUAACCCAUCUGUGUCAGGAGAAGGAAAUUCCUACAGAUGUCAGCACAGAUAAUUGCAUAAAAAACUUUGCAGAAAAUCAGCUUUUAUCUCCAGAAUAUGAAGUAAACAAUAACGAUAGCACAAAAUACGAUCACAGAGAACAUUCCAUAAUACUUUUUUCCACAGAUAUACCCUCAGCGUUUCACCACAGAGAUUUUUUUACCGAUCCCAUUGAUCACAUAGAACCUUCAUCUGGUCAGUCACAAAUUGUUAAACAAUGUACAGGAGGUACAGACGGUAACAUAUUUCCAUGUUUUGAAUACGGAAAACAAUUAAGAAAAAAAUCGUUCCUUUCUAUUGCUGAAAGAAUUCACAGCAAUGAGAAUUUAUUUUUAUGUCCAGAAUGUGGGAAAUGUUUUUACCAGAAACUAGAUGUUUUGAAACAUCUAAAAAGACACAGAGGGGAAAAGCCUUUUUCAUGUCCAGAAUGUGACAAAAGUUUCUACCAUAAAUCACAUCUUAUUGUACAUCAACGGUCACACACAGGAGAGAAGCCAUUUUUAUGUACAGAAUGUGGAAAGUGUUUCACCAGAAAAGCAAAUCUUAUUGAACAUCAGAGAAUUCACACAGGAGAGAAGCCAUUUUCAUGUUCAGAAUGUGGGAAGUGUUUUAUCCAGAAAUCAGAUGCUGUUAAGCAUCAGAAAUGUCACACUGGAGAGAAGCCAUAUUCAUGUUCAGAAUGUGGAAAAUGUUUUAGCCAAAAGUCAAAUCUUGCUAAACAUUUAAAAACUCACACAAGGGAAAAGCCAUUUUCAUGUUCUGAGUGUGGGAAAUGCUUUACAAGAAAAUCAAGUGUUAUUGGACAUCUAAGGACUCACACUGGAGAGAAGCCAUUUUCAUGUCCUGAAUGUCGUAAAUGUUUUAGUCAAAAGUCUGAUCUUGUUAAACACCAGAGAACUCACACAGGGGAGAAACCAUAUUCAUGUUUAGAAUGUGGGAAAUCUUUUAGACAGAAAUCGGGUCUUAUGACACAUCAGAGAAUACACACAGGAGAGAAGCCAUUUUCAUGUUCAGAAUGUGGAAAAUCUUUUUGUCAGAAAUCUGAUCUUAUUAAUCAUCAGUUAAUCCAUACUGGAGAGAAGCCUUUUUCAUGUUCAGAAUGUGGAAAGUGUUAUAACCAUAGGUCAGCUCUCGCUCAGCAUAAGAAGCGAUGCCAUUUUAAUGUUCAGAAUGUUUUGAAUGGUUUACCUUAAAUGUAGUGCUUCAGGGAAAUUAUUGAAAAAAAUUAAAGAACUUUAUCAAUUGA